AUGGGAUUGGAAGCGGUACCAUGUGUACUUCGUAGCGCAGCCAACGGUGGCAGUAAUUCAUCCUACUGUACUAUUGGCUUUCUUAUUCGACCGUCCACUUCAUCUACCAAUAAUAAUAAUAAUGGUCAAACGGUCUCAAAUGCAGCAGUCGGUAGUACAGCCUCAGUAGCGGUGCCAUCAGGUAGUGUUCCAAAAUCCUUGCAUGUUGUACCUGCAACCAUCCAGAAGCAGUCGGCUGCUCUUGCAACAGCUGCACCAAAACUGGUGGUCCCAAGUGUUUUACGAAUACAACCCACACCUUGUACCUCGGCACAUUUGGCGCCACCAGCUCCGCAACCGGUACAACAUCCAGCACCCCCGAAACCACCACCACCGCCACCUGUUCAGCACCAUCAUCUUCAACCGCAGCAGCAACAGCAACCGCAACACUGUAGUACUGAUGGCUGGUUACAUGCGCCACCGCGCUCGAAUGUCAGUAGCGGAUCCUUCGAGUCACCAUCGCCAUCGCAGGUUGUACCACAAAUGAACGCGAAUGAACCAUACGAUUGUCAGAUGCCAUGUACGAGCACCACAUCGUUUUUUCCACCUAUUUCUUCCAUAACGCAAAGCUUUUCAUCCGGCAAAUCAGAUAUCGAUUUGCUUCAGGACAUGACGCAUCAUGUUGAUCUGAAUCCUCCAAUUAUGCAUCAGCAACAGCAAUCGCAACAUAUAACUGAUAAGACAGUAAUGAUAACUUCUAAUCAUUAUGCCCAGCAGCAUAUAAUGCCACCUCAACCACCACAGCAACAUCAGUAUCACAGCAGUACACCUACGAUGAUGCAUAUGCAAGAUUCUUCGACAUGUACAUCAAUGCAGGCUAACUAUCAGACACAUGUGCAGGUUGAGUUAAAUGGUGGAAUGCCAUCUUGCCAUUAUCAAAACAGUUAUAACGUUGUGGCGGAUUGUUCCCCUACAGCAGAUAGUGGAAUCCAAAGUAUAGCAGAUUCGCCACCAGCCGAUCCGUUCACACCACCCACACCAUACAUUCCUCCUCCUCCUUCGAUUGCUGCUACAGUGAAUAAAAGUAAGGAAGCACAAUCAACAACAGAUUCAGCGAAUUGUUCCGAUGAUUAUUCCGACAUGCCACGUCUGAUACCUUUCCAUCAAAUGGAAGCAGAAAGUGGUUCACCAUUAACGGAAGAACCACCAUCAUUUAUAACAAAAACGCCACUCGAUAAUGCUGUUUUGAGUACUGCUGAAUUGGAUACAGUAAUGGAAGAUGAGGCAAAAAAUUCCGAGCGGAAUCAUGAACCAAAGAAAGGAUCAGACGAUGAUAUUCCGAAAAUAGCAAUUACUCCAGCAAUGAAUGUUACAGAUCUGGUGGAACAACUAAUGUCACAUAUGGAUCCGCAACAACGCAAGCAGUUUGCUAGUGCUAUACAGUCAAAAGUUGCUAUUGAUACCACUGCAGUUGAUAGUUGUACUCUUAGCACUACUGCUACUGUUACUACUACUGAUAUUGGUGCUAGUAGUGCUGUGACCACAUCUGCCGAUGUUGUUUCUUCUGUUACAACAUUUCCUACUGCAAAUAUUAUUAGCGCUGCUACUAUCUGUGACAAUAAAGCAAUGGAAUCGAAAGAACCAGAACAUGAAGUUGCAGUGCAAACCGAAUUUACUAACGCAUCAAAAGAACAAUCAUAUGAAAACCGGGGCGUUGGAAGUGAAAUUCCAGAAUUUAGAAGCGGGAUUUCAGGAAAGAAGCGAAAGACUCGUAAACGAAAAGUGGAAGACUGUAGCGAAUCGGUUUUAGAGAAGCCAGCGCGGAAAAUGAAACGGCGAAAAGUGGAACUUAGGUCAGAUGUUGUUGCCAUGGGGAGUUCCAAUCUUGAUGAAUUGUCUGCUGUUGAAAAGACAGGUGCAAAUAGCUUAAAAACGCAAAUGAAACCACUUUUGUCGUCAGGAAAUUUGGGACCUGAAGUGCAAACAGAAGAAAGAAGAUGUAAGGGGCGAAAAAAACAACACGAGGGGAAAAAAUAUAUAGCUGAAAAGAAGUUCCCUACCAGAAAAUUAGAGAAAAAGAAGGUAAUUAGCGGAGGAAUUGGUGAAGAACAACAGGAAUUUGCUGCGAAUGUUGCUGCUGGGGAGUCGAGUCCACAUUUAGAAUGUCCGGAUGAGAAUAUGGUGGAUCAAAUCAAAGAAUUUCAUCUGGAUAUGAAGCGUAAAGUGAAUGAGCAACUAAAAAUCGUCAUUGAACAAAUCGGAAAGAAAUUCGCCAAUCUGGAACUGAAUUUAGGCGAUCGGGAGCAUUGGGAUUUGCCAUGGUACCGCUUGAACUGGAAGGAAGUUACUCGAAGAUUAAUUGAAAGGAAUCGAUUCGAAAAAUCGAAACGAGAAAAAAAUACUUCGAAAGUGUGUCGGUUUGGGGAUAGGAAGUUAGCAAAAUCAAGAAAGAGUGAUUCUUUUGUUGCAAGUGCUACAACAUCGUCUGUAAAAGUAUGUGAAAAAAGUCGUCGUUCACCUGGUGAUUACAUCAAAUUGAAACAAAAUGUGAUCGUUGAUGCCUAUCCAAAAAUUGAACAGAUGCAAUGCUCUUGUUCUUCUGGAUGUUGUGGUGAAAGUGAUGAAUGCUUGAAUCGAGUAAUACUGAUGGAAUGUGGCAGUAGCUGUCCACGAAAUGCCCUCUGUACUAAUAAACGAUUAUUUCGGCGCGAAUGUGUUGAACGUUUGCAAACUUUCCAAACGAUGAAUGGUUGUGGUAUUGGUGUGAAAACGGAUGUUAAUAUUGAUAAAGGACAACCUGGUUGUUGGUUGUUAUUAGGUAUCUAUGAUAUUACAACGACAAACCUCAACAUUUUGUUGAGUGAUUAG